AUGAGUGCAUUAUUAUUCCCUAGUUCAGUUGGCCCCGGUGGCGGAUAUGGUGGUGGAUAUGGCAGUGGCGGGGGAGAUGACCCCGAUCGACGAGGGGGCCAUGGUCACGGUGGCCAUGGUGCAGAUGACAACUAUGAGCCAAUAGAUGCUGAAGGAGAGUCUGACGGAUCCUCGCACAGGGGGGAAGAGGAGGAAUCGAGGGAGGAACAGAAAACACCAAAGGGAGCUGGCAAAAAGAAGGAGAAGAAAAAGCCAGAUUAUAAUAGCGCAAAGCGCAGGAAACAUUAUAAAGACAACAAUGUGACGGCAGCGAAUGCCGCUAAGACCGCGAUGGUAGACUCCCUGAACAGAUUCAGAAUCCCCAAUCGGAUGGGGGGAGCACCGGGGAGUUACGUAUUAGCUGACGCGGAGAGAAGUCACUUUUGUCAGUCAAAGAGACCUGAACCAGAAAGGGUCAACGACUUUGAAUUUUACUGGAGACAAAAUCCAAGUACAAACUUUGACGCAAAGGACCAAAACGUUUGGGACCAUACUUUCGGGAAAUCAGGUACAGCUUCUAGAUGGGGUGCUCAAAACCUGAACCACCUCGUGUCAAUGCUCGAAAGCAAUAAGAUAGUGCCAUCACGGUCAUUCAAACGCAACAACAGGCCGGCCCAAGCACCGGCCCAACCGCCACAAAACCGAUCUCAGCCAUCGGCAUCAGUACCGGUGCCCGGAAUGAACCCAAACCAGUUUCAACAAUCUCAAGUCGCAAUGCCUACGACACAAGCACAAGAAGCACCGGCCCAAUUGGCUCGUACAAAUAACCCAAAUUUACAGCAGAACACUGAUUCACCCUUCGGGGAAUUUGUUCCCUUUGACCAUCCGUCUAGACAGCAGGGUCACGCAGCUGCGGCACAAGGGCAUAUACCCCCCAUGGCACAGUCCCACGUACCAAACCUUGCUCAUCGACCCCCUCCUCAAUAUACACAACAAGCACAGGGGCAACAAUAUUAUCAGCCGGGCGGUCACCAAUAUUAUCAAGAGCAGCAUGGUGGCGUGCCCAACCCACAAGGCCAAAAUCAACAGGGCCAAGGACGUGGGCAAAAUCCACAUGGGCAAAAUCCACAUGGGCAAAAUCCACAUGGGCAAAAUCCACAUGGGCAAAAUCAGCAUCAUGGGCAACAACCUCCCGGGCAAAAUCGUCGGGGGCGAGGUGGACCCUCAAAUGGCUCCAAAUACCCCCAAUAG